AUGCAAAAAGCUGCAAGAAAGGAUGUGGAACGAGCUUUCGGUGUUCUUCAGGCUCGGUGGGGUAUAAUUAAAGGACCGUCGCGUUUGUGGAAGGCGGAGCAAAUGAGUUCGAUCAUGUUUGCAUACAUCAUAUUGCACAACAUGAUCAUUGAGGAAGAAGGUGGAAAUGCAAGUAAUUUUGACGGUGACGACGGCGAGGGACCAAGUUCUACUCCUCAAACACAAUUCAAUUCCGGAGCACCACCGGAGUUCGCCGCCUAUUUGGCACGGAAUGCAAGCUUGAAGGAUGCACGAUUGCAUGCUCGCCUCCGCGACGAUUUGGUUGAGCAUAUAUGGGCACGCUUUGGUCCGGUUGACCCGUAG